AUGCUCAACGCCGCCUACAGCAAUGGUGGUUUCCCCUCUGCUCCCGUGCCCGAUACAAAGCUCGCUGAACGAUUAUGUGAGGGUGGUGAGUUGCUUGACCACAUAUUAGCCAAAAAAGAUAGCCGUUAUAGCGAAAAAGAUGCUGCAGUAGUUGUACGACAGAUGCUCAAGGUUGCAGCUGAGUGCCAUUUGCAUGGUUUGGUUCACCGAGAUAUGAAACCUGAGAACUUCCUCUUCAAGUCAUUAAAGGAGGGCUCCCCCCUCAAGGCUACAGAUUUUGGCCUUUCAGACUUUAUAACACCAGGGAAGCAGUUUCGUGACAUUGUUGGAAGUGCCUACUAUGUAGCACCAGAAGUGCUUAAGCGCAAGUCAGGGCCGGAAUCCGAUGUUUGGAGCAUUGGUGUUAUUACAUAUAUUCUGUUGUGCGGAAGACGACCUUUCUGGGACAAAACUGAAGAUGGAAUCUUUAAAGAGGUAACUUUACCUAAACUAUCAUGAGAGAAGUCUACUUUU